AUGAAACUUUCGGCGCUGGUUUUAUGGCUCAUUUGGGGCCAUAAAAUACUGGCUAAAUCGCCGCAGGAACGGAUCGUAGGUGGUGUGGAACUGCCCAUUCACCUGUCGCCCUGGUUGGCUACAUUGAGUGUGAAUGGAAACUAUAGUUGCAGCUCGGCCUUGAUUACCACUCAGUGGCUUGUGACGGCGGGACAUUGUGUUUACUAUCCGGGCAGAUACAUGGUUCGAGCAGGAUCCGCAUCUGCUGAUGAGGGUGGUCAGGUGAGGGAUGUGGCCAGGAUCAUACUCCAUCCGGAGUUCAAAAUACGAACUUUGGACAACGACAUUGCCUUGUUGAGGACUAGCAAGUCCUUCCGUUUGGGCGGAAACGUUCAACUGGUUAAGCUCCCGCUGCCAGGACUCAAUGUCCUUCCCCGGAAUCUUUUGGUUGCCGGUUGGGGCACAGUAAGUGCCAAUGACAGUGACUCGUCACCACGGCUACGUGGCACUCUGGUGGAGGCCAUAGAUCAGAGACGCUGUCGCCGACUUUACUCCCACCUGAACCGACCAAUUACGGACAACAUGCUGUGUGCUGCGGCCGCUGGAAGGGAUCACUGCUACGGGGACUCAGGAGCUCCUUUGGUGCAUCGCGGCAGCAGCUAUGGGAUCGUGUCCUUCGCCCAUGGCUGUGCUGAUGCACAUUUUCCGGGCGUCUACACCCGGUUGGCCAACUAUGUGACCUGGAUCUUCAACGUCCUGGAAACGGACAAUGAAAUUAACAUAGGUGGCAUGGAGUAA